AUGGCCCCUUUCAAAGUGAUCAUUGUAGGAGGAAGCGUCGCGGGACUGACUCUGGCGAAUAUUCUGGAGCAAUAUGGCAUCGAGUAUAUUCUGUUUGAAAAACAUGCGACCAUAGCCCCGCAGCUGGGGGCCAGCAUUGCGAUUCUCCCGCAUGGCUCGCGGAUUCUGGACCAACUGGGCAUUUAUGAGUCCGUGGAGCCGAUGACUAUGCCGCUGAAUAUCUUGCAGGCUGUUGGACCUAAGGGUGUCCCUCUGGGUCGCAUAGAUUUAUUUGGUGAUUCUCUGGAGGAAAUACUAGGGUACCGGAUGCGUUUCUUAGACCGACAAAACCUUCUGCAAGCACUCUUCGAUAACAUCCAAGACAAAUCCAAGAUCCACACUUCAUGCCAAGUUUUCAAGAUAGACGACCUGAACGAGGGUGUGAAAAUCACCCUCAGAGAUGGGUCGACUUUUCAGGGAGAUAUUCUCGUUGGCGCCGAUGGAGUCCACAGUCGCAUCAGGCAGGAGAUCUGGCGGAUUGCAGAUUCAGAGACCUUGGGACACAAGCAAGCUCGAAUGAACCAACCCAUUGUGUGCAAUUACAAAGCUUUUUUUGGUAUUUGCAAGCGCCCGCAAGAAAUCCGGGAAACCUUCGGGUUCAAGACGUUUAACCAGGGCCGCUCUUACCUGUGCGUGACUGGACCUGACGACAAGAUGUACUAUUUUGGAUUUUUCAAAACUCCAGACACAAAUACGCUCGAAGAAAUCCCGCGAUAUACGGCAGAUGAUGCAAAUAAACUUGUUGCAGAGUAUGCGGACGAUGUGAUUUACAACGGUGUCACAUUGGGCCACCUCCAGGCCCGAAGUACGAAUUUGGCAAUGGUUCCGGUGGAGGAAUAUGUGCUCGAGAAAUGCUUUUAUAAGCGAGCUAUUUUAAUCGGCGAUGCCUUUCACAAGAUAAACCCGUUGAGUGGCCACGGCGGAAAUGCCGCCAUCGAGUCGGCUACUCUUCUCGCAAACCUGCUGAAGACUGCAUUACUACAGGGUUCUCCACCUGACAACAAUACAAUCCAGCAUCUGUUCUCGAAGUUUCAACGACAUAGGCGGCCUAGAACCAAGCGUCUCAUGGAGGGAACGCGGCAGCUGCAACGCUUAGAAGUAUUAGACAACCCAGUCCUCAAAUUCGUGCACCUCAACUUCACAUCCAAGCUCUCUGUCGAGGGGCUCACCCCGACGCAUGCAGAGGCAUCAUGCCCCGGCCCGAGUCUGCAGUUCCUGCCACUCAAGGCUAGACGAGGACUGGUGGCGUUUGAAAAAGAGGUGAAAGUACGCUCAAAGCGCCGGCCAGCUGCCACAACUAGGAUUUGGGCUGUUACGAUGCUUUUGACUGCUUUACUGAGACCUAUGAUGAGCAUAUACUUUCCAGGCCCGGAUUCGACUGGGGAGUCUUCGGGUGCACUGCAGGCCUAUAUUGGGAUGACCACUAUUGCGAUCAAUGGGCUAUGGGUGGUGGAAUCUCAUCGCUGGGAGCUCUUGAUCUCGCCUCGGUCCAGCGCUAUUCCAUAUGUCCUUGCUUCAAUUGCAUUUGGAUGGGAACUUGUUCUGCCCAUCUACUUCGCUUUACACAUUUACCAGAGCGCGUCCCGAACAUUCUACUAUCCCUUUCCCCGAACCAUCGACAGCAGGGUAGCGAAGGCGCUUCCGAUCGGAUUGCUGAUGGCUUAUACCAUUCCCGUGCUGCAAGCUGUGACAAGCCUGAGCCAAACAGAAGGACAAGGGACCCUGGUCAGUACCCAGCGGGCCUUUGCAUUUGCACAUCUCAGUCUACCGAUUCUUCUUCGCGUCGGCAAGUCCGUCUUCAAGAAGUAUUCUGUUGAGCCUUCAGUUGGUGUCUUGCUAUUUGGAAACCAGGAUUUGAAAUACCUAUCCCGGUUUUUCACGAUGGGUUUCCUUCUCACUAGUACGGUUCACCUAGUGUUUGUUAGCCAGGGAUUACCUUCUUUACUAUCUGAUAUAUCAGACUCAAAGAUUGUACCCUCGACGGAGGGGGUCCAGGUAGGAUGCCUGACCCUUACCGUUGUGGUCUGGUCUCUUUUCGUGGUGUGGGAUUUGCGCCGGGUGAAGAUAAUCAAGGGAUCUCUCCCCAUGAUGAUGCUUGGAGCGGCAGCUGGAUCUGUGUUUUUAGGUCCCGCGGCCGUGCUGGCUGCUCUUUGGGGAUGGCGGGAACAUGCUUGGGCACAAUCCAGAAUAGCGGACAAGCUGGAGUAUCAAGCAUCUCAAGGCUCAUAG